CAACAACAUGGUAGAUGAAUAUUCUACUGUAACCUUCGUCUGUUCUGUUUACAGUCUUCCAUCUUCUGUAAUAUCCUGGUCUAGAUCACAACAAGGGGAACAACUCUAUUCUGGUACUCAAUAUACCAUACCUAAAGCUAGUUGUCAACAUACAGAUAACUAUACCUGUACAGCUAGUAAUAAGAUUGGUCAACCUGUAUCUAAAACUAUUCCAAUCUAUGUUAGAUGUGUGCCUGUUCUGGAUCCUAACCAAGUAACUAAAACUACUAUAUCUAUAGGACUUGGAGAGACGGGUGUAUUAUCAAUCCAUGUUUUAGCUUAUCCACUACCUGUAUAUACAUGGUAUUAUCAACUACAACCCAUAACAGAUUUUAGAAUUAGACAAAAAGAUGAUGGUCUAUCAUCAACAUUAACUAUACAAGAUGUUACAGAAGAUGAUGACGGGAAAUAUAUAGUUUAUGUUAAUAAUAGCAUUGGUACCAGAUCUACUCUAUUUAACCUAGUAGUAACGUCGCGAGAUAACGCGAAUCAGUUAGAUCAUAAUGACGCCAUUUCUAGAGCACGUGGCAUUGGUAUAGCUAUUGGAUUGGGUAUCUGUCUUCUCGUUUUGGGUAUCACUGCCGUUUUACUCUGGUUCAUCUUGAAGAAAUGUGGAAAGAAAAUUUCUUUGAAAAACGUAACAGUUAAUGACCAGACAUGCCCUAAAGAUACAACCAGCCACGGUACAGGGUUAGAUAACAUCCCCUUGUCUGAUACGCCUGUAGUUUAUGACCGAGUUGAUAAUGAUGCAACAAAUACUAGAGAUACAGUUAAUCCAGACUAUAUAAACACAUCAACAACAGAAGCAUCACCAUAUGCGGAACUGGAUAAACAAACUAUGGAUCAACAACCAAAUACAUAUCAACAACUCAGUCCCUAUCAAAAUCUAUCAGAGGACAUGAAUUAAAAUAAAUCACAGAUAAAAGUUGAGAAGCAACCCUUUUAACCAUUGAAAAUUAGACGAACUCCAUGGUAGUAAUAAACAAAUUUAUUAGUGUAAACGUUUCGUACAAGUGGUGUCCCUCUUCAUUAAUAACAGGUAUAUGCUUACUACAAACUUUAAAAGAUAUUUGUUUAAAUUCGUGACAUUUUUUUUAUGUUUCUGAUCUUUAAGUUGAUGUUACCGUGUCACAAUUACCCAGGAUUAUCUCAUUAAUAUUUAUAUCAACAAACAUGUCUUUUAUCAUAUAAACUAUUAUUUCCUAACUUGUGUGUUUGUUUAAUGCUAUUAUUUACGUUUAUAUUUCUUUUUGUAAUUAUGUUAUAAGCUAUUGUUACUUUAAAUAAUAAACUUAAUUUCUCCAUC